GACGUGACGUUUGAUGUGAUUUAAUUUAAAAUGUCUCACACAAUUUUGCUGGUACAGCCGGGGGCGCGCCCCGAAACGCGCACCUACAGUGACUACGAGAGCGUCAAUGAGUGCAUGGAGGGUGUGUGCAAAAUUUACGAGGAGCAUCUCAAGCGCAAGAAUCCCAAUUCACCCACAAUUACAUACGAUAUAAGCCAAUUGUUUGAUUUCGUUGACCAACUCACGGAUCUAAGCUGCUUAGUGUAUCAAAAAUCCACGAAUACCUACGCACCGUACAACAAAGAUUGGAUUAAGGAAAAAAUCUACGUUCUUCUGCGCCAGGCUGCCGGAAACUCAGACUAAAUUAAAGCAAAUCCAUGAAGUUCUUAAUUUUUUUUCCUUAUUUUACAGGAUUGUGAAUUUAACCCAUGCUAACGAGGUCAUAGAUCUUCUGUACGUAGGACCUUCAUUUUAUAGAAUUUGACUAAUAAGCCUAUAAGAAAUAUAAUUCCUGAAAAAAAAAAUUUUUAGCCCCCAUGGGGGCGUCGGUAGACACCGUAUGAUAUAUCAUACGUUUAACGAAAGGGGAUUGAAAAAAUCUAAUUUUUUCUCAGUGUUGAAACCAAAACUUUAAUUUAUUUAAAUGCAUAAAUUACAUAAUUUAUGCUAAAAUGAAGUAUUCUGGCUAUAUUUUGGACCUGAAUUAAUUAAUUGAGCCAAUAGAACUCCAAUCCUUGGGUUUCAGAAUCAACUCACCGCGUUCUUGUAGAGUUCUAGUUCUAAGGAUAUAGAGACUGAACUUGUCGUGGUUCCCACAGUUGUCCUCAUCGCUAACAGUUGCGUAGCCAGGAAAUAAAAUAACCAUCUCAAGUUGCAUGGUUGGCUCUAGGACGGAGACUUCUUGUGAGCAUGCUGACAAGUCUCCGGACAGAGCCGGAUGUGCUAUCCUUCUUCUUUCUCAGACCUACAAAAAUCAAGAUUUUCGCUAUAAUUUUUAUAUUUCCUGGUGUGAGGUACUUCUUAAUACUUACGAUGUAUCUGAUUUAGCACUUCCUGACAUUCCUUUUCACUGCAAUUUAUAUUUUCAUUCCCAAACUCUUAGAUCUUCCCUCACAGAAAUAAACUCGCACUAUAACCUAAAAAGUACCUCAAUUCAACCAACGUAUGAUAUAUCAUACGCAGAUGUUUAUCACGUAAAAUAUUGAAUAAUUUGCGGCCGGAGACGGAUAUUUUGCUUAAUUCACAAAGUUUUAUUAAUAAAUAAGAGAUUUUGCACAAAAUAAUACAGAGAAAAAGGAAAUUGUCACUUAAAAUACACACAUUUUGGUUUCCGGACAACUUUGCAUUUGGAUACACUUAGAUUUUUGUCAAAAAAUAACAUUAUUUUAUGAUUUUGAAACCCAGGAAAAUUAAUAUAAAGGGUUAAGGGUAUAUAAAAGUGGAAAACACUAACCCGGAAGGAAAAUUUUGCGAAUUCGCGUCAUAAAAAUUAAUCAAAAAUUACCAAUUUUGCGUAUGAUAUAUCAUACAAAAAGUGAGGAUGGGUUA